CAGUACAUGGAAACUAUGAAUUCAAUAGUAGUUCAAUUACAGUCAAUAGAUCAUUUAAUUUGAUUUUUACCAUCAAACACUAGUUUACUCUACCUAAUGCUGUGUUCAUGUGUAUCAUCUUUAAUUUAUUUAUUGACUUUAAUUCCAGUGAUUUUUUCUCCAGCAGAUGAAGCUGCUGCUCCCCAGCAGCCCCUCAGAGAGCCUCUUCUGCAGUUGGUGUCUCUGCAGAAGGCGUCUGGUAGUUGGAUGCUGGAUGCUCCUCUGGCCUCUGCACUGGGAAAGACCAGUGAUGAGGUGGAAAAGUCAAAGCCUGCAUCGGUUAACAAGGAGGUGUGGGCCACCAUUCUGGCUCUGAUCUGGCGUCAUGGUUUCAAGAUGGAUGUAAAGGAAGAGUGGGAGCUUCUGGCCAUGAAGGCUGCAUCAUGGCUCCGAGCUCAGAAUGGACCGUGUGUGACAGAGUGUGUGGAAGCAGGAAAUGCACUGCUGGGCUGCAGCGUGCAGAAAGACGCUCUGGGGCUCUGAAGUUAACGUUAAAGAGGCUUCAUUUUCAGGAUUCUUACACAGAAGCACAUUUACUAAAUCACACAGCUUUCACAAUGUAUAUUACUCUUUGCAGCAUCUGCCUUUAUAAUGUGCCUUACUAUAACUGCUCUGUAUGUAUCAGCCACCAGAGUUCUUAAAGAAAGCUUUUGUUUUUGCCUUUUUCAUGUUUCUUUGUAUCUGGAUGUUUUACUAAAAGACACACGCAUGAAUCGUCUGAACUGAAAAAAAUCGACUAACUGAAAAAAAUGAGUGAGAAUUUGUUUAUUGUUGUUUUAUUUAUGUCAGCUUUAGGUGACGGUGACACUGUUGUUUACCAAAUUGUAUUAAAAUGAAUAUAACUCCACAUCUGUUUUUCACAGUUAACCCUACACCUGAGUUUAGUUACCAGGAUGUUUUACUUUGAGGAUGACUCUAGUUUUUAUCCACAAUUGAAACUUUAAGAAGACGUGUUUAGAGUCGCAUAGAGUAACAAAGAGCCAGAGUUCACAAAGUGUGCUCAGAGUCCACUUUUGAAUAGGUUCAGGUUACCUCUCUCUAUACCUGUGAAAGGCAGCCAUUGCACUGGCUGCACAUGAAGGAGAAUAAGGAAUGUCAGUAAUAUUUGUUCUAAACUCAGUUUUUAUUGAAUCCUCCUCUCUGGAAAAUAAAUAUUCAUGUUCUGAUCCAUGUUGAAAAAGUCAUGGAUGGACACAGUA